AACCAUGGUAAAGACAGCAAGAACUCCUCGUCCCCUUCGGAAAAGAGCUCCGACGGCAAGCCUCCGAAAUCAAAGGUCCAGCUACAUCACGGGGGAGCCCAUUUAUGAACCAUGCAGCAAAAUUGCCUCCAGAGAUGGAUGUGGGUUGUUAUCCACAGAAAAAUUCCACCAUUUGGGAGGAAGGAGAGGAUGUCCUGUUGAACAUCAAGCCCAUGCAACCCUUAACUAGAGCUUCUCCUUAUGGAUAUGUGCGAGGCCUUGGUCCUAUGUCCUCACCACGUGCUGUGACCACCAGGAUGCAGUCCUCCCUCAGGAUUCAUUCCGACUAUGGUGAAACAGGAAGAUUGAAUUCCUCCAGACAGUUUCUCGCAGCCCUGGACUCUGCUAGGAUGUAUGGUGCGGGUAUGAAAAGAGUGGUUGUCGGGAUGCAACAGCCUCAUCGACACGGAUUACGCUACUGAUGUUGAUUCUUAUGACAUAGGCAUCUGGAUAUUUGAGUGAUGGUGAUAUCCUGCGACCAGGAGUGAUUUCUAGAGCAGACGACAUUGCUAGUGGGUAUUUGAGUGAGGGGAGGAACACCUGUGUAUUCUAGAAAAGCAAUCGCUCGUCGGGAAACGGGACGGGACCCACGAACCAUCAAUGUCUUGCAAGACGACAGGAGCAAACCUCCGACUCAAAAACAUGGAACGAGGUUGGGUUUCGACGACAGCAGCUCUGUGAGCAGUGGAGUGAGUGAUACUUUUCCUGAGUUGAGCACAGACGAUAAUUUGACCGGCUCGUCUGUGAGCUCGGACAACAACGUCUACGGUAGCUUGAAACGGGGACCGCCUUCCCACGCCAAAAACAGUUCUGCCAAAAAUACCGUCGACAAGUGUCGUAAGGCAAGUGAGGAAAACGCCUCGAUGGGGUCGAAGUCGCGCCAGGCGCACGUCAAGAAGACGGACAGCUCGAUGCAGACGGAGACGAGCGCCUUCCACCACGGGCCUUCUUCUUCCUCUUCUUCCUGGAAGAAGUACCUGAUGCAGCAGCAGACGGACAGCCAGUCCGUCAAGUCGGACGGCAGCCGGAGCAGCAAGGGCUCCGGCACCAAGCCCGGGAACUCCAAGAAGGGGCCGGACUCGCACCGGCCGUCCGGCAGCAGCAAGCACAAGCUGUCCGUCGUGCCGGACCUCGAGAGCAACAACAGCAGCAGCAAGCAGAAGCAGCAGUCAUCUAAACUCGGCAGCUGCGAGAAUCUGGACAGGAAGUCCGGCCGCGCGGUUACCAUGGCGACGGCCCCAUCCUGCGGCAGCAAGCGGGUGUCGGCGGCGGGCAGGGCGGCGCGCGGGCCCGACUGCAGCGCCCCCUCGGAGGAGGCGCAGCAGGAGCAGCGCCGCCCCGCGGCCGACGGGGCUCCGCGCAGGGGCGCCAGCAAAGUCAAAGUCUGCGGCAGCACGCAGACGACGGCCGGGGACCUGUACUCUAGCGUGCACUCGGACGGCGAGUACGGCUCGCUGGGGCGCGGGGCCCGCGCCCCGCCGGCCCCCAGGCACUACUUCAUGACGACCCCGGGCCCCGGCACGGGGCUCAAGGAGAGGGUCUACGGCAGCCGAUCGCUGCUCAACGGCUCCCCCACGCCCCUCUCGGAGUACGCGCGAUCGAGGCAGUUGGACAAUUACGCCUCCCUCGACCACGGACCCUACGCCUCCUGGAUGCGGCACUCGCCCAGUUGCGGGACCCCAAUGGCCAGGGGCGGCGGAACCCUCACCGAGGCGGACAGCAUGGAGUCAUUGUCCUCCACUUCUUCCAGCAUCCACGCACAGAUCCAGCAUGCUCGUGCCAACAGCCUGACCCACGCCCGCCUGAUGCUUCACCAGAGGGAGCUCUCAGGCUCUCCACGACUUUCGCGCUCCAACUCCAUCCGCUCCACCAAGUCCGAGAAGUUGGCCUCUUACAUGCUGCAGAGGUCGUCGGACGGUGACCCCUCUCAAGACGGCAGCGCCAUCUACGCCACACCGGGGGUCAGCGCGGCUUUCAUGGCGGCUGCAGCUGCAGCGGCAGCUGCUGCGGGCUCGCAGCCCACGUCACCAAGCUCUGUGCCACAGGGUGGCAGUCGGUAUAACAUGUAUCCCCUUUCUCCUGGUACGACGGGAUCUUCGGUGCCUACGUCAGACAGCUUCUCUGGUCAGCCAAACGGACGGAGUUCCAUGUCGCCCUACAUGACAGGACUCCUCUCCAAGAUGAACAGCAAGGAUGAUGACAUACAUGGUUCUGCAUUGUCUUUGGUGUCCACAAGUUCCUCGAUUUAUUCCACGGCGGAGGAGAAGCAAGCUCACGAGAUAAGGAAGCUAAAGCGGGAACUGGAGCAGGCUCACGAAAAGGUGUCCACACUUACCUCACAGCUCACCACCAACGCCCACAUGGUCGCUGCCUUUGAACAAUCCUUGUCUAAUAUGACGAGCAGACUGCAACAUCUCACUGCCAGUGCUGAACAAAAGGACUCUGAACUUACAGAACUGAGGAAGACCAUUGACGCCCUGAAGCAGCAGAGUGCGGAGGCUGGCCUCACGAAGAUGGCGCUGCAGUCGAUGCAAGCUGUGCAGAGAACUCUCCAAGAACAUAGAAUCUCGAGGCAGUUUUCGACAGAUUCCAUGUCCAGUGUCAAUUCCUGCUCGAGUGCUCAUAGCGGGAAUAGUGGCCAAUCUGGAGAUGCCCUAUCUGAUAAGAAGAAGAAAAAGAAAGGAUGGUUACGUAGUUCCUUCAGCAAGGCCUUCUCCCGGAGUAAGAAAAACAAAAAUGGUUCUGUUUCGGAUGUGGAAGAUGUCAGGCAUUUGCAAUCUGAUUCCUCAACCCCCAAUUCUCCUCUCCUAGGCUCACACAUGAAUGGUGGCAAUUGCCAAACACUCAAACAGUCACAUUCGUCUUCUGCUCUUUAUGAAAAAGAAGAGGAGGACUCCCCCGAAGAAGUGAAAGAUUUGAAGAAGCAGUUGCGAGAGAAAGACAUGAUGCUGACUGACAUCCGGUUGGAUGCUCUGAGCUCUGCCCAUCAGUUAGAAAACCUGAAAGAAACUGUAAAUAAAAUGAGGAGUGAGAUGCUUAGCCUCAAGCAGGACAAUGAGAGGCUGCAGAGGCUUGUCUCAACUAAAUCCCUCACUUCAUCUCACAGUUCCUUGCCGCUGCGAAAUAGUUCCGAGAGCCUGGAGAAGAGGCUCAGCGCUUCCGAACAGUCUGGGCCUCCGAGCAUCGCGGAAAUGUACUUGAAUGAGCCGAGAAGUGAUCAAGAUGGAAAAUUGGUGAAUGUCUCUGUAUAUUUGGGUUGUCACGGAGACAGCUCCUUAUUCCAGAAGCAGGCACCGUCAGAAGUCCUCAUUGGUAGUAUUUCAGUCAGUUCAAAAACAAAGUGGGACCUUUUGGAUAAUCUUGUUAAAAGAACAUUCAAAGAAUAUGUCUUGCGUGUUGACCCCAUUUCAAACUUGGGACUGAAUGCUGAAAGUGUGGUUAGCUAUCAUGUUGGGGAAAUAAUUAGAGCAAAAGACGCUGAUGUUCCUGAACUGUUGCCUUGUGGAUACAUCGUUGGAGACAACAUGCACAUAAAAGUUGUCUUAAAAGGUACUAGGCAGCAUUCUGUAGAUGCCCUUGCAUUUGAAAGCCUGAUACCCAAAUCUAUAGUACAGAGAUACAUAUCCUUACUCACUGAGCACAGGAGAAUCAUUUUGUGUGGACCUAGUGGAACUGGGAAAACAUAUGUUGCUCAAAAACUGGCUGAAUAUUUAGUUUUGAAGAAUGGCAAAGACCUUGCUGCUGGAUCAGUCGCCACCUUCAGUGUAGACCAUAAGUCAGCCAAAGAAUUGAGGCAAUAUCUUUCGAAUGUUGCUGAGCAAUGUGAAACUGGAAAUGCCUCUGACCUACCAACUGUGAUAAUUUUGGAUAACCUACACCAUGUGGGCUCUCUUGGAGAAGUUUUUAACGGAUUUCUUAGUGCCAAAUAUCAAAAGUGCCCCUAUAUCAUUGGCACAAUGAACCAAGCUACAUGCUCAACUACUAAUCUCCAAUUACAUCAUAACUUCAGAUGGGUGCUGUGCGCCAACCACAUGGAGCCAGUGAAGGGCUUCCUGGGCAGGUACCUGAAGCGAAAACUGGUGGAAGAAGAAGUGAGCUCCGGUGUCCGCAAUGUGGAAAUCGCCAAAGUCAUCGACUGGAUGCCCAAAGUGUGGCAGCAUCUCAACAAAUACCUGGAGACGCACAGUUCCUCAGACGUAACAAUAGGUCCAAGAUUGUUCUUGUCAUGUCCGGUUGACUUAUCGAGUUCUCAGGUCUGGUUCACUGAUCUUUGGAAUUACAGCGUCAUCCCUUAUGUACUUGAAGCUGUGCGAGAAGGACUGCAGCUGUAUGGUCGACGUGCUCCCUGGGAAGAUCCCGCAGAGUGGCCGUAUGAGUCCUACCCUUGGCCCGGUGGAGAGCCUCAACUGUUGAGGCUGAGGCCGGAAGACGUGGGCUACGAAGGUCACCCCGGCCCAUCUGCGGGCUCCAAGAAUCACCACGGAAACAAUCCCAACAACGAGGCGGACCCUCUGUUGAACAUGUUAAUGAGACUGCAGGAAGCCGCCAGCUAUUCCAGUCCGCACAGUAAUGACAGCGAUUCCACGAGCCUGGACAGCCAUGGAAGCGGACUCCAUUCUGACGAUAUCCUGGGUUCGGGCCUGGAAUCGACGCUCUGAACUGCAAAAGAUCUCAACCCUUUCUAAGUCACGAGGUGCAUCCUUAUCUGUCACAUUGAUGGGCAAGUUAACAAUGGAUUGAAUUUUACAAUGAAAAACUGAACGCCAGUUGCUGUCCUGCAAGAAAGAAGGUAGCCUUCGAGAUUCAAAACAUUUCGUGUCCUAUCGAUACUGUGCCGAUUCUUUUUAAAUAAAAGGGCUUAAAUGACGAUAUCCAGAACAAAUUUCUCACUAAUUCCACAAAAAUCCAUUUUAGCAAAAUCCAGUUAGUUUCUUUUUAGUAUCAAGGAUCUGGCCUGAGGAAAUUUGAGUCCCUUAAAGGACCCUUUAUAAAAUUCCAACAAGUUUAAAUUGAUCCUUUACAAAAUUUUAAUUGACCUUAUCAAUCUUCAAAAACUUUUCAUUGAUAAAGAAGAGCGCAAAUUAAAACUCUAAUCCAUAUUUAUUUUUUGGUUUACAUUUUGUAAUUUCAACAAAAUUUGAUUUUUAAUUUUUUUUUUUUAAAUUCACAAUAGGGUCC